UCGCAGGGGGGCUGCAGGGUGCAGGACAAAGACAAUUCUGGUGCCACAGUUCUGCAUCUGGCUGCCCGCUUCGGCCACCCCGAGGUGGUGAACUGGCUGCUGCAUCAUGGCGGUGGGGACCCCACCGUGGCCACAGACAUGGGCGCCCUGCCUGUCCACUAUGCUGCCGCCAAAGGAGACUUCCCCUCCCUGAGGCUUCUCAUCAGGCACUACCCUGAGGGAGUGAAUGCCCAAACCAAGAACGGUGCCACGCCCCUGUACCUGGCGUGCCAGGAGGGCCACCUGGAGGUGACGCAGUACCUGGUGCAGGAGUGCGGCGCGGACCCGCACGUGCGCGCCCACGACGGCAUGACCCCGCUGCACGCGGCGGCGCAGAUGGGCCACAGCCCGGUCAUCGUGUGGCUGGUGAGCUGCACCGACGUGAGCCUAUCGGAGCAGGACAAAGAGGGCGCCACGGCCAUGCACUUCGCGGCCAGCCGCGGCCACACCAAAGUGCUCAGCUGGCUCCUGCUGCACGGCGGCGAGAUCGCGGCAGACCUGUGGGGCGGGACCCCGCUGCACGACGCCGCCGAGAACGGGGAGCUGGAGUGCUGCCAGAUCCUGGUCGUGAACGGCGCGGAGCUGGACGUCCGCGACCGCGACGGGUACACGGCCGCCGACCUGUCGGACUACCACGGCCACAGCCACUGCACCCGCUACCUGCGCACCGUCGAGGACCUGAGUGUGGAGCACCGCGUGCUGUCCCGAGAUCCAUCGGCUGAGCUUGAGGCAAAGCAGCCCGACUCGGGCAUGUCCUCACCCAACACCACCAUGUCGGUCCAGCCGCCAAACUUUGACCUCAGCUCGCCCACCAGCACCCUCUCCAACUACGACUCCUGCUCCUCCAGCCACUCGAGCAUCAAGGGCCAGCGCCCCCCACAUGGGCUUCCCAGCGCAAGAGCUACAGACAUACAGAGUUACAUGGACAUGCUGAACCCGGAGCUGGGCCUGCCUCAGUGCCAGAUAAAGAAACCCACGCCGGCACUGCCACCGCCCAGCUUCCCUCCACCACCCCCGCCCCCAGGCACCCAACCGCCCCCACCCCCACCGGGUUACCCGGCUCCCAAGCCCCCCGUGGGUCUACGGGCAGCUGACAUCUACAUGCAAACCAAGAACAAACUCCGCCACGUGGAGACUGAGGCUCUCAAGAAGGAGGUGCACAGCGGGGGCCACCGGCACAGUCGCAGAGCCAGCCCAAGAACCAACAUGAAUUCCCAGGGGCCCCCAGGCGGGGGCCCUACACCCUGCACCAAAUCUUUCAACAUGAUGUCCCCGACUGGCGACAACUCGGAGCUACUGGCUGAGAUCAAGGCGGGCAAGAGCCUGAAGCCGACGCCACAGAGCAAGGGGCUGACCACAGUGUUCUCAGGCAGCGGGCAGCCAGCCUCCCAGGUAGGCGGCCACGACGGCCCCCGCCCCGGCUCCUCUUGCCUGAGCCAGUCCGGCACUAAGCCCCGCCGCUUCUCCCCGCAGCCUGACUCGCCACUACCGUCGGUGUCACCGUCACCGGCCCGGAGUCCCACCCCACCAGCCCCGGGGCCCCAGCCGCUGCUCAACGGCAGCGUGGCACCGGCGCCGCCCGCCACCCCUGCGCCCGGCGUGCCACUGGACGUGGAGGCGCUCGUCCCCACGCACGACGAGCAGGGCCGGCCGAUCCCGGAGUGGAAGCGCCAGGUGAUGGUGCGGAAGCUGCAGCUGAAGAUGCAGGAGGAGGAGGAGCAGAGGCGGAAGCUAACGGCCGCCAGCUCGUGCUGCUACCCUCCCGAGGGCUGGAGGUACUCCCGCGAGCACAACGCCAUCCUCGGGCCCUUCGGCGAGCUCAUGACCGAGGCCGACAUCCUCCGCAUAGAGCAGCAAAUCGAGAACCUGCAGGUGUUGCACAAGGCGCAGAAGCUGGAGGCGCGCCUGGAGCAGCUGGAGCUGGAGCUGGAGCAGCUGCUGCCCAUCUCGGCCGCCCUGUCGGCGCCGCGCUUCACCGUCGACCCGCGCCGCAUGCACGGUCGCGCCGCCAGCCUGCCCGCCUGGUGCACCAAGAUCUCCACGCUGCUCAAGAGCAUGGCCACGCUGCUGGCCGCGCUGGGCGGCCGGCCCGCGCACCUGGCCGACCUGCUGGCCGCUGACACGGGCCAGCCGCUGCUGCUGGGCCACUGGCGGAGCCUGCUGCGGAAGGUGCCGGCGCGUCAGCCGCGGGGCCCGAGCCUGGCGCACGGCCUGUACUGGCCCGAGCACUUCCUGCCGCCCCUCGACGGCCGGGCACCCCCGCGUUACGACAGCCUCACGCUCGACCUCUUCAUGCUCGGCUACUUCCAGCUGCUGGAGAUGGGCCUGAGCCGCGAGGAGCGCAAGUUCCGCCACCUGCUGUGCUACGAGAUGUUCGACCGGCUGGGCAGCCACCCCUGGGAGCUCAUCCGCCUCUUCCACCGCGUCGUGCUCGAGGAGGUGGAGGCCGGCCGGCGCGGCUGGAGCGACGGCUUCGAGGACCUCAGGCGCCGGUUCUUCGGAGACAGCCCCGAGGCUGAGCUGGCCCGGGAGGAAGAGGCCGAGAAGGAAGACGGAGAGGAGGCAGGAAAGGAGGAGGAUCCGGACGAAGAGGCUGCUCCAUCUCAGACAGAGGACCUGCCCCAGGGGCGGCCUGAGUCCCCUGCCCCCGCGCCGCAGCCCCCACGCCCGCCGCCGCCCGCUGCGCCUCCCCCGACCUCGGACCCUCCUAGUUCCGAAGCCCCCGCCGAAGACCCCUUGGAGCUGGUGUCCGAGAUGGGCGAGUUCAGCAACGAGGACAUCUGCCGUUACAUCGACCGCAGCUUCUCCUUCUGGAAGGAGAAGGAGGCAGAGCUUUUUGACAUCUGA